AUGUGCUGGCUGCGGGCCUGGGGCCAGAUUCUCCUGCCGGUUUUCCUCUCCGUCCUCCUCAUACAACUGCUCGUCAGCUUCUCAGAGAAUGGUUUUUCCCAAAUCUAUAGUCCCAGGAACACUCAGAAACAAAAAGAUUCUAUUGAAGAGGCAUGCGCUGAAAAGAAAAGUUGUCAAUUGUGCAUAAAAGAUAAAAAAUGUAUUUGGUGCAGCGAAGAAAGGGUUUGCAAAAAAUAUUGUUUUCCAUAUUUUGGGUGUCGAUUCAGUUCUGCAUAUUGGUCAAACUGUAGAGUUGACAUGUUUGGAAUCCUGAUGCUUGUACUCAUUGCGAUGUUAGUCACAGCACUCAGUUGGUAUUGCUGCGCCUAUUACUUUUACCUGCAGGAUUUGAACAGGAAUCAAGCCUAUAUAAGACGACAGACUGCUAUUCACUACUGGCAACCUCCUGGCAAGUAUCGUUAUUUAUUUGAUAGGAUGUCUCAGAUUCUUUUAGUAACAGCUGGCAGUCUUUCCCUUACUUCUUCCAGGCAUUAA